CGCGGCGCCGGCCGGCCCCAGCCUCGCGUCCUCCGGGCCAGCGGAGUGCCCCGCGGUGCGGUGUGGCGGCCGGGCGGGUCCCGGCCCUGCGCGGUGGUGCCGGGCGUGCGCUCGGGGAAUGGUGUCUGGCCAGAAACGCGUCUGGUACCGGGCUGAGGUAGCCGGAGGGGCGGGAGGGGGGCGCCGAGGGGGCGAGGCCCCCCUGAGGCGGUGAAGCCCCCCUGAGGGCCCGCCGCGGCGAGGAGGCCGUGCUGGGGGGCUGCCGCCGGCGACUGCGCGCAGGAGCCCGUUUUUAAUUUAAUUCUGUUUUAUUUUUUAACGCUUCUUUCAUAACAUCAACAAUAAUUAUGAUUUGCCUAUUCAUUUGGCUAUAUUUUCUUUUCUGUUGCUUUCUUUUGUUUAACAUUGAUCAUGUUUCACCCUGUUUUUCAUUCCCUCCUGUCUGCAAUCAACUUCUUCAUUCCAAUAAGGCUGGGCACAGAUUGGUGUUAGUACUGGGAGAUCUUCACAUUCCACAUCGAUGCAACAGCCUCCCAGCCAAAUUCAAAAAACUGCUGGUUCCAGGAAAGAUCCAACACAUCCUCUGCACAGGAAACCUCUGCACCAAGGACACUUAUGACUACCUCAAGACUCUGGCUGGGGAUGUUCAUGUUGUCAGAGGGGACUUCGAUGAGAACCUGAAUUAUCCUGAACAGAAAGUUGUAACUGUUGGACAGUUCAAAAUCGGGCUGAUUCAUGGCCAUCAGGUUAUUCCUUGGGGUGACAUGGCCAGCCUGGCACUGCUACAAAGGCAAUUUGAUGUGGACAUCCUUAUUUCAGGACAUACACAUAAAUUUGAGGCAUUUGAACAUGAAAACAAGUUCUAUAUCAAUCCAGGAUCAGCUACGGGAGCCUAUCAUGCCUUAGAGAACAACAUCAUUCCUUCAUUUGUGCUGAUGGAUAUCCAGGCUUCUACAGUAGUUACAUAUGUCUAUCAACUAAUUGGAGAUGAUGUGAAAGUAGAAAGAAUUGAGUACAAAAAAUCUUAAAAAUAUUCUUGCUUGUGUGGUAUUUUUACCAUCUCAUUCUGAACUGCAAGUUGCAAUACUUGAUUGCUAGUUUACAGUACUACACUUACUCGCUAACAGCUUAACAAUGUAGCUUAUUGGUAAUAACUCUGAAACAACAUUGUGUUUGCUUUUCUCUGUAUGAAUUGAUUUGUAAAAUAUUCCAUUAAAAUAACUGUUUAAAUAUUGUUCCUUAAUGUUGUAAUAAACUCCACUUCAUAGAAAAA